AUGACUAUGACCGACGCUGUUAUUGUGAUGCAUGCGCUGACACCUGUUAUAGAUUUAAAAAGUAAGCAAAAAGAUGAAGAUGAGCCAAAUCCGGAUAACCUGGGCCUGCAAGCAAACACUUUAACGGCAACAUUGAAUGUACAAGAUUUUGACUGGAAUGUUGCUAAUGAAUAUGAUCCUAUGUGGCCUAAUGAUUAUGAGAAAGUAGCCAAAGAAUUACAAGCCAAAAGAUUGCAGCUGGAUGGGGGCGACAGAGGAGACAGAUCAGACAGAAAACGCAAGAGCAGAUUUGGAGACGAGGAUGAUAUCAUUCCUGAAAAGACACUUAUACCUAUGCAACCUGAAGAAGAAGAAGCGGAGGAGAUAUCCAAGCGAGCCGCGGGCGCCGCCAUAGCGCCGCCGCCGUCACUCACGGCAGAAACGCCGUCCCCACCCCCCGCCGCCGCGGCGCCCUCGCCCGGCUUCUCGCUAGGGGGAUACGGAGCCAGCUCCAUCGCGGCUAAGAUCAUGGCCAAAUAUGGUUUCAAGGAGGGGCAAGGACUUGGCAAGAAGGAGCAAGGCAUGUCCGUGGCCCUGCAAGUGGAGAAGACAUCCAAGGGAGGUCGCAUCAUCCACGAGAAAGACGGCGGUGCCGUUAUGCCGCCGCCGGCGUUCGCUGUGCCCGCUUUGCCGGGAUCAGAUUCACCAGGCACUGCAUCUAAUUCACCACAAAUGUCAAGACAGGAACCAUCCAUCACGGAGAUUAUGAAAUCGCCCAGUAAAGUUGUACUGCUCAGAAACAUGGUCGGCCCAGGCGACGUGGACGAAGAACUGGAGCCUGAAGUCAAAGACGAAUGCAACACCAAAUACGGUGACGUCAUAAAAGUGCUCAUCUUCGAACUACCGAACUCGCCCUCCGACGAAGCCGUACGAAUAUUCGUGGAGUUCAAACGAAUUGAAAGCGCCAUCAAAGCUGUCGUUGACCUGAACGGCAGGUUUUUCGGCGGUAGACAAGUGAAAGCUGGGUUUUAUGAUGUGGAAAAGUUCAACUCUUUACAGUUGACUGAGUAGUGUGGCUUUGUAGAUUUAUGUACCUAUAUUAUUAUAUGAAAUGAAACAAA